UGCAGCGGGCACAAACCAAACGAGAGAGAGACGAACAGAACAGGGCGGGACGAAAGUAGUGAUAAAGCAUGCCUCCGGUCCACUGGCACAAGCUCCCCUGGCGGCAGUUGAUCUCGCACGAAAUCAGGCGUGAUGGCUUCAAGCCGUUCUUCAUCGGAAUGGGGAUCUCCGCGUUCCUGUGCGGCGUGGUGCCUUCGAUCGGUUUCACCGACGAGGACCGUAAGAACUCGGUGUACUACCAACAGCGCAUGCGCACGAUGAAGUACGAAGACCAUUAGUUCUAGGGUUCGCUCCUGCGUCUGGGUAGGCGGGUAGCGGUAGUAGUGGAAAGGGAGGCCCAAUUGGGGGGGGGGAUAGGAAAUUGAGGAUUUGUCUUGGUCAUUCUUCGACGUCUUGGUCAUUCUUUGAUGUUGGCGCAGCCAGUAAGACGGUGCGAGAUUUUUUUCCGUGUGCGUUGGUGAGGGGAAACAGGAAUUCACACCUUGUUUCUUAUUUUGGGCCGGACGCAACAAGCGUUCCCCUUACCCCUCCCGGCCUACACGAGGGGGAGUAAGUUUUGGAGUGGUGUGGCGGAGCGGCCCCCUCUAGUUUUGUAAGCUCAACGAGAUGAGCUUGGCGCGGAUGGCAGUCUGGGGGGCUCCGACGAGGCGCUUCUGCAUCGCCAGAAUCCCGGGGGUACAUGAAAAAUGGCACCCACCAAUCACACCCACCCGUGUUGCGAAAGGACUGCUCGUCUCAUCGCCGGGAUUUUGCGCGAAGCUUGGCUUGACUAUCGGCUCGCGCCUCAAGUUUGGUGCGCCGCAGGGCGUCGACCUGGUGUUUCAGCGUGAGCGGUGCUGACAACACUCUCGUAAUACUCUCGUAGGCGUUUUACGAAUUAUUGAUUGGAGUAUCAGCUUUUCGCAGCGGACCCCGCUUGUCUUGCGUCUUCCAUCAGGGACGAAGCGAAUCUGUCAGAAGGUGCCAUCUGUACGGCGGUGUCUAUCAUCGUGCUGCUUAUCUACCUGUGCGUUGCUGCUGGACAAGACGGUCGGUCGCGAGUGGACGAAGCUGUUGCGCUUGUCCCGAAGCGAAGGACGCCGAACUGCCACCACCGCCAGGCGUAUCCAAAUCGGCCGGCGAAUCCGAGAUGCAGUAGACGGCCUUGGGCUAACCCCUGGGCAAGUCGUUUUACACCCCCCAAUAUCUACCAUCUUCCUACCACACGUUGUUGUUUUGGU